UCUCUCUCUCUCUCUCUCUCUCUCUCUGAGCUUGGUUAUACUCUCUGGAGUGCUCAUAAGCUCAUUGCUUUUUUGCAAAUCCCUUGCUUCGUUCUCCACAGUAAUGGCUGCUGUUUUCCUGUUCCUCGUAAUCACAGUCACAAUAUUUGGUGGUUCAGAUGCUGCUUGGUGUGUCUGCCGGUCUGGUGCUAGUAACACUGCUCUGCAAAAGGCACUAGACUAUGCUUGUGGAGGUGGGGCAGACUGCACACCCAUCCAACAAAAUGGGGCAUGCUACAACCCCAACACAGUGCUUGCUCAUUGCUCUUAUGCUGCUAAUAGCUACUACCAGAGGAAGGGUCAGGCCCAAGGAGCCUGUGACUUUGCAAGCACAACCAUGCUUACCUCCACAGAUCCAGGGGGAAAUGGUUGCACAUAUCCUGCAACUCCCAGUGCUACAGGAACAUCAAGCACUCCUACAAGCACAAGCACCACCACCCCAAGCUCCACAACUCCUACCACCUUCACCCCAAACGCAGGCACCACAGGGAGUACUGCAAGUGUGCUGGGAGGACUUGGACCCUCAGGCACUACCAGCAGCAUAGAUGGCAGCCAUGGGGGCAUGCUUCCAAAGGCAGGAGUGGCCUCUCUCCCUUCACUUCUCUUGCUGUCAUCCUUGAUUCUACUGAGGGUAUGAGUCCACAUCUAGACUUGACAGGGUUCAGAUUUUUGAGAAAGUGAGAGUUUUCUGAUGGAUGGAUGAGGUUCCACCAGUCAUGUGGACUUUGUGGUGGUUGAAGGAUCCAUCCAGAGACAUUCUCCCAGAUCACUAGUUUUUGUUGCUUAGUGGCAACAAAAACAGGGUUUGAUUCCUUUUGGGUGUAAGCUUUCUUUAUGUAUUUCUUCAUGCAGGCAGUGAUUUAUUAAUACUAGUUCAUUAGGUGAUCACAA